CAGCCCGGAGGCUGGCCAGCUUGCAACGCAGAACGGAGAACUCUGCGGUUUUUCACGUGGCUGCUUGUGUCGCUUUAGAACCAGCUCGGCCGUCUCUUAAACGAGCAAGCUGGGCCCGCCCCGGCUUGGGAGGACCCUUCCCGAAGAUCGUCUCGGUCCGCCUCAGGAAAUGGGAGGCCUGGAUCCAGCGGCGCAAAGUUCACUGAGAUCGGAGGCUUCGUAAAGCCCUUGCAAAGGAAAGCAGGCAGACAGGCAGGGCAAGAUAGGAUCGGGGGCGGCGGAGGAGCCACAGCCUCUGAGAAGCCCUGCUCGGAUUUGCACAAGUCUCCACCCUAUCCCGGGGCAGCUUAGGCUGAAGCAAACUUCGUGAACACCGCCUUUUGCAAUCUGUGGGCGCUGCAAGGCGAAGGAAGCCAGGUGCUCCUGAGAGACACCGCGGGGCUCAGGAUCAGUGCUUAGCUAGCUGCUCCUAGAUCUUGGCUCCCAGGGAGAAGAGGUUUACUUGUGAUUGAUGCUGCUGCAGGAUUCUCUAUGGCUCUUAUAUAUCUUUUUGGGUCUUCAACAGUGGCCGUGCAAGCGAUGGCCUUGCUUCACAUCACCAUCCCACUGCUGUUAACUGGACUGUGCAAGGGACAGGACUUCCCUUUCAAGGACCCCACAUUGCCUUGGGAGAAGCGGCUGGAUGACCUGGUUAACAGGCUGACAUUGGAGGAGAUGGUACUCCAGAUGGCAAGAGGAGGGGCGAAGGGCAACGGCCCAGCACCACCCAUUCAGCGGCUGGGCAUUGGGCCCUACAGCUGGAACACGGAGUGCCUGCGAGGAGACGCGGAGGCCCAAGGGUGGGCAACUGCUUUCCCCCAAGCCUUGGGCUUGGCUGCAGCCUUCAGCCCUGAGCUCAUCUACCACAUAGCCAAUGCCACGGCCACCGAGGUCCGCGCCAAACACAACUACUUUGUCUCCCAAGGCUUCUAUGGCGAUCACACAGGCCUGAGCUGCUUCAGCCCCGUGCUAAACAUCAUGAGGCACCCAUUGUGGGGCAGGAACCAGGAGACUUACGGGGAGGAUCCAUUUCUGACCACAGAGCUGGGUAUGGCUUUCGUGACAGGGCUGCAGGGCAACCAUCCCCGCUAUAUCAAAGCCAGUGCUGGUUGCAAGCACUUUGAUGUCCAUGGUGGCCCCGAGAACAUCCCUGUAACCCGGUUGUCCUUUGAUGCCAAGGUGGAGGAGCGUGACUGGCGCACAACCUUCCUGCCUCAGUUUGAGGCCUGCGUCCGGGCUGGAACCUUCAGCUUGAUGUGCAGCUAUAACAGGAUUAAUGGAAUCCCCGCCUGCGCUAACAGGAAGCUGCUAACAGACAUCCUGCGUGGAGAAUGGGGCUUCCAGGGGUAUGUGGUGAGCGACGAGGGAGCUGUGGAGCUGAUCAUGAUUGGGCAUAACUUUACCCACAGCUUCCUGGAGACGGCAAUAGCUUCCGUGAAUGCCGGGUGCAACCUGGAACUUGCCUUCGGGCAGAGGAACAAUGUUUUCAUGUUUGUAAGCGAGGCUGUUGCCAAGGGUAACAUCUCCUUGGAGACGGUCAGGGACAGUGUCCGUCCACUUUUCCGCACCCGUUUGCGCCUGGGCGAGUUUGACCCUCCGACCAUGAACCCCUACAACAUGCUGGGACCUGAUGACGUGCAGUCUGAAGCUCACCGCCAGCUGGCGCUCGAAGCUGCCAUUCAGUCCUUCGUUCUGCUAAAAAACCACCAUGGGAUGCUCCCUCUUAAGGCCGAUGAAGUAUCGAGCCAGACCUUGGCGGUGGUUGGGCCCUUUGCAGACAAUGCCAAGGUUCUCUUUGGGGACUAUGCUCCUGUCCCUGAUCCCCAGUACAUCUAUACACCCAGGAAGGGCCUGGCAACGAUCGCAGCACAUGUCACCUCUGCCGCCGGAUGUAGCAAUCCCAAAUGUGACCGCUAUGUCCCUGCUGAAGUGAAGGCCGCAGUAGAAGCAGCCAACAUCGUGGUUGUGUGCCUGGGUACAGGAAUUGAUCUGGAGACAGAAAACAAAGACCGGAGGGACCUCAUGUUGCCUGGGAACCAGCUGGAACUCCUUCAGGAUGUUGUCGCCUGGGCUGCUGAGCGUCCUGUGGUUCUGCUCCUGUUCAACGGAGGCCCGCUUGACGUGAGCUGGGCUAAGGAACAGGACAGAGUGGGAGCAAUCUUAGCCUGCUUCCUCCCAGCUCAGGCCACCGGCCUGGCUCUUGCCAAGGUGUUGGUGGGAGCCAAAGGUGCAAAUCCUGCUGGCCGACUCCCUGCCACGUGGCCUGCAGGUAUGCAACAGGUACCACCAAUGGAGAACUACACAAUGGUUGGACGGACAUAUCGCUACUAUGGGGAUGAGGCUCCACUGUACCCCUUUGGCUACGGGCUUUCAUUUACCACUUUCCAGUAUAGUGAUCUGGUGAUGGGUGCUGACGUUGUGCCCAUUUGCGGUAACCUCAGUGUCUCUGCAGUGGUGAAGAACGUUGGCUCCAGGGAUGGCGAGGAGGUGGUGCAGCUCUACCUCCGCUGGGGAGGGGCUUCCGUGCCGGUGCCCCGCUGGCAGCUGGUUGGCUUCCGCCGGGUGCCGAUACCCAUGGGACAUGCUGUGAAGGUGCCCUUCCAAUUAACCUUCAGCCAGAGAGCCAUCUGGGCUGGGGAGUGGCAGCUGGAGCCUGGCACUUUCACCCUUUUUGUUGGUGGGCAGCAGCCCUUCCAAGAAACCCGUGUCCCUUCUGACAUCCUGAAAGCUGAUUUUACUGUCUCUGGGAGUGCCCGCAGUACUAGCCAAUGCUAGUCACCAGGACUCAUAAGGGAGGGACACUCAGAAAAGUGAGUGAGCAGCUCACUGAGGAGGAGGUGUAGAUGAUGGUCAAAAAUCAGUUGAAUGAUGAGGAAACAAGAGGGUUUUUUUGAAAAACCAUAAAAAUGAUACACCAAAAAAGUGUAAAUGUUGUUGUGUUUUCUUUUUAUUUAUAUGUUUCUCUUCAUAAAAAACUCUUUCUUCAUAAAAUAGCCCAACACGUUUCGGCUUCUAUUACUGGCCUUGGUCAGGGGACUUCACUUUUCCUUUUCGCAUCUCUUUCUUACUGUUAUUCACCUUGCUCUUUUUUUAUGGUUUUUCAAAAAAACCCUCUUGUUUCCUCAUCAUUGAGCAGCUCACUGAGCCAAGCAACCUAUGCAGAAUGAGUUUCUACAUUAAUAAAAAACUUGCAGUACAGAGGCCCUAAGAACUGGGAGAUGGCAGCAUUCCUCUAGGUAUAUGUCAGCCUUGUUUCUGCAGACUGCAUGGCUGGAACUCUUUACAGUGAAAAAACGGUGAGGUUUGGUGCUGAUCUAGAGAAGAAGGUUCUGCACUAAUAAAGAUUGUUUUCCAAGAUGAUGACGACAAUGAAAAAUGUAAUGUUUUUUCAAAUCAGUUUUCAUGUCUUUGGUCAGCUUUGCUAAUACUGAAUAGGAAAUCAAGCGUUCACUUAGCAGCAAAGUAGUGGUGACUGGUGCCUCCAUUCCCAUGGAGGAGUGGAAUCCGCUCCGCAUUUUAGUCCAAACUUUCAGGGAGCUGCCCAAGGUGUUUCUUUGAAAGUUUGGAUUAAAAGGAGGAGCGGAUUCUACUGUCCCAACUGACCUGGAGGCAUCAGCUACAACUGCAGCUCAGUACUGUCUACUGCUUUGACCUUCAAAGGACUCCGUUGGGAAGUUUUAAUUAUUAGUGGCUACUAGGGAUGGAAUCCUCCGCUUUUCUAUAUUUCGUCUUUAAGUGUGGCACCCUGGUGGUCGUUAAUGAUUAAAUUCCUUUUUCUUCCGCUAUCUUACCCUUUUUCCGAUCUUCUCCAAUAAUUUUUGUUUUGCUUUGCAGAGAAUUACCAAUAUUAUAAUUGCUAUUUAUUCAUGA